AUGGCGUCGGAUCUACGCUCCCAGGAGAUCAAGAACCCAAUUGACGUGGCAGAGUACCUCUUCCGACGACUGCAACAGGUCGGCGUCGACUCCAUCCACGGUGUACCGGGAGACUACAAUCUCGUGGCCCUCGACUACAUACCCAAAGUGGGCCUGAAAUGGGUUGGUAACUGCAAUGAGCUGAAUGCUGGUUACGCAGCCGAUGGCUACGCUCGUAUCAAGGGCAUUGCUGCUCUCGUAACAACAUUCGGUGUCGGAGAACUGUCGGCAGUCAACGCCAUUGCAGGCGCUUACUCCGAAUACGUGCCCAUUGUCCACAUCGUAGGCUAUCCCUCGACUAUUUCUCAGAAGAAUGGUGCGCUGCUACAUCACACUCUCGGAAAUGGCGACUUUACCGUAUUCUCUCGCAUGUCCAAAGAGAUCUCGUGUGCCGUUUCAAUGUUGAACAGUCAACACGAGGCUGCCAUGUUGAUUGACAACGCCAUUCGAGAAUGCUAUCUCCAAUCACGACCAGUCUACAUUUCCUUGCCCUCGGACAUGGUAACUAAAAAGGUUGAUGGCGACCGGCUGAAGACACCACUCGAUUUGAAAUACCCAUCAAACAACCCAGAAGCUGAAGACUACGUUGUCGAUGUGGUUCUCAAGUCUCUACAUGCGGCCAAGAACCCUGUCAUUCUUGUAGAUGCAUGCGCUAUCCGUCACCGAGCGCUUGAAGAGACGCAUGAGCUUGUCAAGAAGUCGGGCAUUCCGACGUUUGUUGCACCAAUGGGCAAGGGUGCCGUGAACGAGACGCUACCCAACUACGGAGGUGUUUAUGCUGGAGAUGGAUCUAACGCUGGUGUGCGUGAACGAGUAGAAUCUUCUGAUCUCGUUCUCAGCAUUGGCGCCAUCAAGUCGGACUUCAACACGGCUGGCUUCACAAUCCGCAUGUCACAGCUGACCACUAUCGAUCUGCACAGCUUCGGAUGCAAGGUUCGAUACUCUGAAUACCCCGGGGUGCGCAUGAACGGCGUGCUCGCAAAAGUAACAGCUAAGCUUGGAGACCUCAACAUCGAAUCAGGUCCCAAUCCCAACAACAACGUGCCAGAACACGAGUCGUCAUCCACUGAGUCCGCCAUCAAACACGCCUGGUUCUGGCCUAAGCUUGGCCAGUGGCUGAAGAAGGAUGACAUUCUCAUCACUGAGACGGGUACCUCCAAUUUUGGCGUAUGGGAGACACGCUUCCCUGAGGGUGUCAGGGCCAUCUCGCAAGUCCUCUGGGGCUCCAUCGGCUACGCAACAGGAGCAUGCCAGGGAGCAGCUCUUGCUGCCAAAGAAUCAAACGUCAAGCGCACCAUCCUCUUCACAGGCGAUGGCUCCUUCCAGCUCACGGCUCAAGAAGUGUCGACCAUGAUUCGCAACAAGCUCGCGCCGAUUAUUUUUGUCAUUUGCAACAAGGGCUAUACUAUCGAGCGCCUGAUUCACGGCUGGGAAGAUCCUUACAACGAUGUCCAAGAAUGGAAGUACAAGGAUAUCCCGGCAGUGUUUGGUGCCGAAGAGGGCAGUGUAUUGACAUACAGGGUCGAAACCAAGGACGAUGUUGAGAAGUUGUUCAAGGACGAAGAGUUUUCCAGUGGAGAGACGAAGAAGAUGCGCUUUGUGGAAUUGGUUAUGCCAUGGGAUGACGCGCCAGCUGCUCUCAAGGCGGUUUGCGAGGCAGCGGCAAGGACCAAUGCGACUACUGCCGAAUAGGUAGAGCGAGGCUGAAGGGUAAUACGAGGUAGUGGAUCAAAAGUGGCGUGGUGUGUACAAGACGAUGAGCACGAUGUAGUUUCUUUCACGAUGAUAUGACAAUGACGACUCUCUUCUCACACUUUGAUUACUUCUAUAUUUUGGAAGUUGCCUCCCGAAGCUUUUGAUCCCACUAAACCUGACCAAUGUAUAACAUUUCGGUGUUGUAUUCAUAUCUCAUGCUAUCCCAUACCCGUCGUCUCAAUUGCUCAUGUAUGCUUCCAUUUACAAGGCCACGGCAAAAACCCCAGCCAACAACGCAGUCGUUACUCCGGCCCAUAAUGCCCUGCCAUCAACCGUCAACAUACCCGCCGCACCCCCCG